UUCAGCAGCCAUGGAAGAGCCUUCCCAAUCUCAAUCGCUGUUCUCUUCCCGAAGGCUUGAUAGAGAAAACAUGCAGCAGCCCCUCUCUCGAAAAACAUCCAAACGUCCAAAAGCCUAAACGGAGCUUUUAACGAAAAGUCCAAAACUCUUUGAUUGAGCCAAACCCUUCGUCUCAUUUAUUCUCACCCUUUCAAUUCCACUUCUGAUCGCUUUGCCCCUCGAGUUUGGAGCGCAUUCCGGUCUCUUGGCAAAAUUUAUGGACGGUCUCCCGCCCGAUGACGCCGGAACUAUCGAUCAGACGCUAUCAUCCGAUGACGACAGGGUUUAUAUGGUGCCCUACAGGUGGUGGACGGAGGCGCAGGAGCUGGAAUCCGAGCAGGGUACAGGCAAUGUGGCUCGAGGGAUCCCGUACAUCGCGUCGCCCUCGCCAUCCACUUAUGGUGGACCGAUGCGGAUCAUCAACAACAUCUUCAACUCGGAUCUGGUGUUUAGCCUCAGGCGAGAUGAUUGUCUUAUGAAUGACGAUGCGGAGGAAGGGGUGUCAGAACGGAGCUAUGCUUUGAUUCCCAGUGAUAUGUGGUCGCAGGCGCUCAGGUGGCAUAGAGAUGCCAACAGUGGAAACCUGAUCUUCCCUGGGGACGAGUAUGUUGAUGUUUAUCCCCUGAAGCUUAGAAUUUCUGUCAUAAGAGAAACAAGUGUAAUGACAGUAAGGAUCUGCAAAAGGGACAAUGCAGUUGAAAGUUAUAAACGUGCAUGCAAGAUCUUCUCUGUUGAGUCUGAUAUGGUGCGCAUUUGUGACUUCUCUGGACAAACAAAUCUUAUAUUGAUGAAUGAAUGGAAUAGAUUGCCUCAAGAUGGUCAAAGACUAAUAAACCAUGAGAUUCUUCUAGAGUUACAAUUGCAUGCUUUGUCAGAAUCUUUAACUUGUAGAACUGAAGGGAAAAAGGAUGAUUUUCUGGUGCAACAAUCUAAAAUCUAUUGCGGUAGCUCCAUUUUGAGCAAUGGUAGCACAACACGGGCUGAAUAUGAUCUUUGUUUUGGAACCUCAAAGGGGUCUGUUUCUUUUGGAUUGAUUGGUCUAGAAAAUCUUGGAAACACAUGCUUUAUGAACAGCGCAGUUCAGUGCUUGGCUCACACACAAAGGCUUGUUGAAUACUUUCUUGGAGAUUACAGCAGAGAAAUAAAUUAUCAAAAUUCGUUGGGCAUGGGUGGUGAGCUUGCAUUAGCAUUUGGUGAAUUGUUGAGGAAGUUAUGGGCUCCUAAUAAAACUCCAAUAGCGCCAAGGGAUUUUAAGGCAAAGCUUGUUCGUUUUGCCCCUCAGUUUAGUGGUUUUAACCAACAUGAUUCUCAAGAACUACUUGCUUUUUUGUUAGAUGGUCUCCAUGAGGAUCUAAAUCGUGUAAAGUGCAAGCCAUAUGUUGAAGUUAAGGAUUCAGAUGGCCGUCCUGAUGAAGAGGUAGCCAAUGAAUACUGGCAAAAUCAUUUGGCUCGAAAUGACUCUGUCAUAGUUGAUGUUUGUCAGGGACAAUACAGGUCUACAUUAGUUUGCCCUGUCUGCAACAAGGUGUCUGUCACAUUUGAUCCAUUCAUGUACUUGUCCUUGCCCCUUCCUUCAUCUACAACACGACCAAUGACCGUGACGGUCUUCAGUGGUGAUGGUAGUGCUCAACCUUCUUCAUAUACAGUAAAUGUGCCCAAAGAUGGAAGAUGCAAGGACCUUAUUCAUGCGUUAAGCAAUGCUUGUUCUUUGAAAAAUGAUGAAGUCCUUCUGGUAGCUGAGGUUUUUGCUAGUCGUAUCAUUCGUUACCUGGAGGAUCCAUCUGAUGUACUUACCUUAAUUAGAGAUGAAGAUCAGCUCUCAGCAUACCGGCUUCCUAGAGUCAAGGAAGAACUCCCACUGGUUGUAUUUACUCACCAGCGUGAGCAGGAACGUUAUAUCCACAGUGUUCUCGCCCCAGUUUGGAAGGCACUUGGUGUUCCUCUAGUAGGAAGGUUAACGGAUCCUCCAUCUGGAUUUGCAAUUCGCAGCCUAUGCUUGAAGUUGCUGAUUCCAUUUCUCCGAUUCUCAGCUAUUGCCUGUAAUGCUGAUGAAGCAAAUGAAAGCAUUUCUUUUGAUGAAGUUGUUGAGAUGGAUGCUGAUCUGUCUGAUAGUAAAGGUACUAUUGAUGCCGAAGAAGACGGGCAAAAUACUGAAAUUCUCCCGGAUAAUUUUCUGUUCUUCUUAACGGAUGAAAAGAGCCAAAAGAUGAUAUCCACGAUUGAAAUGAAUGAGCUAGAGUUGGUGGCAGAGCCACAUAAGAAACUACAUGUGCUUGUCUGUUGGAAAAACAAAACAAUAGAAGAUUAUGACAUAUCUCUUCUCAGUUCCUUGCCUGAGAUUUACAAGUGCAGCAUCUUCACAAGGAGACCCCAAGAACCUGUUUCAUUAUAUGCAUGCUUGGAAACCUUUCUGAAGGAAGAACCUUUGGGACCAGAGGACAUGUGGUAUGCAGUUAGUUCCUGUUUUGUUUAAUUUUCAAAUUUAAGU